GUGACAUGGCUUUCGUUGCCUCGGAAAGACCAACUCGCCGUUCUCACACUCGCUCGGCUCAGUGAACCUCUCACUCAAACCUCACUCGGCUCAUACAUCUUCUACCAACUCAGGUCAUUCGAUCCUAGCCUCCCCGAUUCGACGAUCGCUUACCAGGCCGGUAUUCUCCAUGCUGCAUUUCCUGGCGCGCAGUUUUUGACCGCAAUAGCUUGGGGGCGCUUUGCGGACGCUGAGUACGGAGGUCGGAAGCGCGCUAUUUCGAUUGGUCUUCUAGGCACACUGGUGUCUAUCAUAGGAUUCGGUUUUUCUCAUAGCUUCCUUACGGCACUAUUCUUUCGCUGCCUUGGUGGCGUAUUGAACGGUAACGUCGGGGUGAUGAGGACAAUGAUUUCCGAAAUCAUCAAAGAGAAGAAAUUCCAGAGCAGAGCCUUUCUUUUGCUGCCCAUGACUUUUAAUAUUGGCGUCAUUAUUGGCCCGAUUCUUGGUGGCAUUCUGGCCGACCCUGUUGGCAGCUAUCCGUCUAUAUUUGGCCCUGGGUCGCUAUUUGGUGGCGAAAAAGGUGUCCAAUGGAUGAUCAAGUCGCCGUAUGCUUUACCGAAUCUGAUAAGUGCUGUUUUUCUCUUCAUGGCCGCCUUAAGUAUCGUUUUGUUCCUCGAAGAGACGAGCGAGCUCUGCAAGGACAAGCCUGACUUCGGCCUACGCAUAGGACGUUGGAUCCAGCGCAGAGUCUUCCGGCAACGAUCCGCUGAUAAUCAUGCGUACACUGCAAUACCUGGAGAUGAGCUUGCUUCAGUAUCGGCUGUGGAGAUGCAAGCUACACCCACAUCUGCGCACCCAGAGCCAUUGUCUCCUCGGACCGUGGACCCGGUCUUAGGAAGACCGAAGCUGCCCUUUCGGCGGAUGUGGACACCCAAUGUUCUCAUUACCCUGUUAUCUCAUGGGCUAAUGGCAAUGCACGUCGGCACUUUCAACCCUUUAUGGUUCACUUACCUUUCUGCUCCACGAUAUGACCCAGACCACCCUAAUCCACCCGGCUUCAAGCCCCGCGGCUUACACUUCACCGGCGGUAUGGCGCUCCCGCCUCCACGCAUUGGGUUGGCACUUUCGAUUCUUGGUGUCAUCGGCAUAACUCUUCAGCUAUUUCUGUAUCCAGGACUUAGCUCCCGACUGGGUACGGCGCGAAGUUAUCGGAUCUUCCUCCUAUUAUUCCCUGUUGCGUAUUUUAUCGCACCCGUUCUCAGCCUUGUGCCAAGUACUUCGAAGCCUCCAGCAGGCGUGUCUGGCGCACUCAUCUGGAUAGCGAUAACUGUUGUACUGUUUGUCCAGGUACUGGCUAGAACGUUCGCCUUGCCGUGUACCGCGAUUCUCAUAAACAAUUGCUGCCCGCACCCAUCAGUCCUGGGCACCAUGCAUGGUAUCGGCCAGUCUGUAUCUAGUUUUACUAGAACUUUUGGCCCGAUUGUGUUUGGCUGGCUAUUUGGAAAAGGUUUAGAUAUGGGCAUCGUCGCCUUGGGAUGGUGGGGACUUGCUUGUGUGGCUGUCAUUGGAAGCAUCGCAGCGCAGUUUGUAAGAGAAGGAGAUGGUCAUGAAAUUUUGCUCGAUGGGGAA